UUCACUUUUCGAAGAUUAAAGUUUUUUUUUUCCUUUAACAUACUAGAUCGAUGAGUUAGCUCGUAAAACAAUGAUUCAAUGAAAUUCAUAAGGAUUUUUUUUCUUCCACAAUAAAUACUCCUAGGCUCAAGAAAACAGACAGUCUACUUACUCUUCCUACUUAAUUUGUUGAUACAGCUUAAAUAUCCAUAUAUUUCUUGGAGUUCUUGUUUCAUUUCAUAAAAAAAAAAAAAAAGAUUUUCUUUGCAAAAACCAAAUCCAAAAAAUGGAUAACUUGCCAAAAUGCCAAUCCAAUUACGCGCCCCUUACUCCGGUGAAUUUCCUCAAGAGAGCCUCCUCGGCGUACGCCACCCGAACCUCCAUCAUUUAUGGACAAGUCCGUUUCACUUGGCAAGAAACCUACGAACGCUGCCGCCGCCUCGCUUCCUCCUUAAAGUCUUUGAACCUUGUCAAAAACAACGUCGUUUCCGUGUUGGCACCAAAUAUUCCGGCAACAUACGAAAUGCAUUUCGCGGUGCCAAUGGCCGGAGGUGUCCUAAACACAAUCAACACCAGACUUGAUGCCAAGACCAUUGCCACCAUUCUCAACCACUCCGAAGCCAAAAUCUUCUUCGUUGACUUUCAGUACGUGCCAUUAGCUAGUGAUGCCCUCCGACUUGUUGCCACAGAAUUCAGUAAUAACAAGCCCAUUGUGAUCGUCAUCGAUAACCUCGGAUCCCCGACCGGCGUCCAAAUCGGGGAGCUUGAGUACGAAGAAUUAGUUCGCCGAGGAAAUCCAGGAUACGUCCCAGAAGAAAUCGCUGAUGAAUGGGAUCCAAUCGCCUUGAAUUACACAUCAGGCACAACCUCCGCCCCGAAAGGCGUGGUUUAUAGCCACCGAGGAGCGUACCUGAGCACCCUGAGCCUGAUUUUGGGUUGGGAAAUGGGAACUGAACCGGUUUAUUUGUGGUCGCUCCCCAUGUUUCAUUGCAACGGCUGGACUUUCACGUGGGGAAUUGCAGCCCGAGGAGGCACCAACGUGUGCAUACGAAACACAACGGCACGAGAAAUGUACGACGCCAUCGAGAAACACGACGUGACCCACAUGUCCGGCGCUCCGGUGAUAUUCAACAUUCUUCUGGAGGCCAAACCGCACGAGCGCCGGAAUAUAACCAACCCGAUCCGAAUUCUCACAGGCGGAGCCCCGCCUCCGUCCACCCUCCUGGAGAAAGUUGAAGCACUUGGAUUCCGGGUGGCUCAUGCAUACGGCUCGACAGAAGCCACCGGGGCCGCCCUGGUUUGUGAGUGGCAGGCCCGAUGGAACAAACUCCCGGCUGACGAUCGGGCCAGCCUCAAGGCCAGACAAGGAGUCAAUGUAUUGGCCAUUGCUGAUGCUGAUGCCGUUAGUGACUUGGAGAGUAUGGAAAGCGUGCCGCGAGACGGGAAAACAAUGGGGGAAAUUCUGUUGCGCGGGAGUAGCAUCAUGAAAGGUUACUUGAAAGACGAAAAAGCGACCGAAAAAGCAUUUCGCAAUGGAUGGUUCGUGACAGGCGACGUCGGGGUGAUUCACCCUGACGGGUACCUGGAAAUCAAGGAUCGGUCUAAAGACGUUAUCAUUUCGGGUGGAGAGAAUAUUAGUAGCGUGGAAGUCGAGAGCGUGAUUUACAGACACCCUUUCGUGGCCGAGGCGUCGGUGGUGGCCAUGCCACACCCGAAGUGGGGAGAAAGUCCUUGUGCAUUUGUCAUGCUGAUGAAGAAUAACAACGAUGACGUCGUCGGCAACGUCAGCGAGGCAGAUAUCAUAGCUCAUUGUAGGAAAAAUUUACCGGCUUUUAUGGUUCCGAAGAAGGUAAAAUUCAUGGAUAAAUUGCCCAAGACUUCUACUGGGAAGAUUCAGAAGUUCCAACUUAGAGCUUUGGCUAAAACGUUUUUGAUGGGGACGGAGAAGGAUGAUAUAUCAUCUAGCCUGCUGCACAAUUCGAAUCGUAAAGUUGAUGAUAUCAUUCGUGGUGGUGGAUCGGACAGUAAUGAACCGCAACAGCAUUUUUUGGCAUCUCGUCUCUAAAGAAGAAAACCAUUUUCUCUUGAAUACCACAAGCUAUGUUCAGAUCAUUUGUUUUCGAUAUUGUAUGUGCAAAGAGGGGAAAAAAUAAAUCCAAAGUUUACCAUAUAAAUAAAAGGAAAGGAAAAUUUCCAGUUUAUAUGUAUCUUGAGAAUAGGGCUAUAAAGUUUACCAUAUAAAUAAAAGGAAAGGAAAAUUUCCAGUUUAUAUGUAUCUUGAGAAUAGGGCUAUAGAAUAUGUAAAAUUCCACUUUGUAUAUAAUGAAAAAAGAUAAUGGCUUAUGUAGCAUGUAUAUGUAAAAUUACAACCAACUCAUUAUUAUUUGGUGCUAGAUACUAAGAGUGGA